GUCAUUGUCAGCCCGUCCGCCCAUCAGUCUAGUCCGUCGAUCCUCCUCCACCGCCGCUGCACCGAUCACGGUCCGCCGACCGCUGUAAUACUGCUGUAGCGCGCGCAAAAACAGUCCGUAAGACCGUAACUGUGUCGGCGCUUCUCCCGGUCGGCUUUUGUUGUACGCCUGAUUUCCCGCCAUCCGCUAAAAAACAUCAUCGUCUUUCGUGUGGGUUCCUGCCACUAACGUUUUGUUUUCCUUCAUUUAUUACUCAUAUCUAUUUACACAAGUGAUAUACGCGUACUACAAUUAUAAUAACAGUAUCAACUAUCAACGAUCUGUAUUCCGCGAGUAUUCUGACCGUGAUCGUCGUGUUCGUUGUCGCCGUCGUUCUGUAUAUUGUUUUAGAUUCCGUUGUGGUUCGGUGUUACACUAACGCACUAAUUCAUUUCCGUGUUAAUGCGUAUAACGUCUUUUAUUAAUUGAGCAUUUAUCGCUCGUCCCGCAAUGGUUAUGCGCUCGUCGUCGUAUUCUUAGUAGUUAGUAGGUACAAUAGUACUUCUGGUAUCUGGUCGCUACACCACUCUACGCUCUACAGCGGUAGUAACACGACUAAUAAACGUUGCUAUGGGUGUACCCGUGGGCACUAACCUUCCGGAUGAUGACAUCUACAACACUAAGUUCUUGGACCUGUGCAAAGGACUCAACUUGGACAAGAAUGCUGCUAGCCGGGCAUGGGAGACUUAUAUGGCGGUCAAGGAGAACUAUUCAUUAGAUGGGGAUCCAAGUCAUUGGUUAGCGUGUGCUAUAUAUGUGGCAUGUCGUAAUGUCACUGAACAUACAGUUGGAGAUAGUGAAACAUUGAUUGAGGGUAAUUUAGUUAGCUUAACACGACUUCUCCGUUUGUGUAAUAUUAGCCUCAUACACUUUAUUGGUAAAAGCAAAAAAUGGGCUGAUAUGAUUAAUAUGCCACCAGAAUUGCGUCGUAAAAUAGAUAAAUUGGAAAAAAACUUUGCUGUUUCAAUGGUUAUAUUUAAAAAAUUUCAACCAAUAUUUGGAGCUAUGUUUAACAUGACCAAAGACGAACAAACAAAAACUCGAUAUUCUAAAAAGCAAAAGGUGACGUGUUCAGCAUCUAAACUUUUCGAGUUUUGUUGGACAUUGUUUGUAGUUGCUAAAUCUGAAUUCCCAGAUUUGAGUGAAAAUUUAGUUAACUCAUAUCAUUUAUUAUUAGCUUGCUGUGAUUAUGUAUAUACCAAUGUUCUUAUAGCCGAUUUAAGAGAUAUAUUGAAUAAAUCAUUUGGAGGCCUACCUCAUGAUUUUGAAUCUACUUCUUAUGUUUCACCUUCAAAGCCUAUUUGCGUAAUAGAUUAUUUGUGUCAACAAUAUGAUGGUAUAACUACUGAUGCAAAGGUCAUUAAAGAGUACUUUUGGAAGACAAAUCUAAAAAAAUUGAUUGAAAGAAAAGUAUUGAAAGGAGAUCCUGAUUUAAAUUUACUUUUGGAUGUUGUUAAUUUUGAUUUCAAUUAUAAGGCAAUCAAUAAACGUUAUGAACAGUAUGUCUUGAGUGUUGGCGAAUUUGAUGAACGAAUAUUCCUUUCUGAAAAUGCCAAUAUUGAAAUUGGCGCAUCAAAUGAAUGUACAACAGAAGAUUUAGCUAAAGAAAUGAAAAACCAAAAAAACAAUUUAUUUAAUCAACAAACACCGCUUACGGGACGAAAUCAUUUAAAACCAAAAAUUGAUUUGUCUGAUGAAAGUACACCUGUGAAAAAUGCUUCGGAAAUGGUAUUCAAAAUACAAUCUAUUUUAGCAGAUUGCUUGCCUUAUCCAUCCGAUAAAUUAUACACGUUGCUAAAGUCAUGUUCAACAACUUUAAAAAGUGAAAUCGAAGAUCUAAUUAAUACGUUAGGUAUUAAAUUCUGUUCACAAUAUAGUCAGGUAGAUCAUAAUUCUGCAUUACAUAAUGAUUUUGCUGAAAAAAGAUUGAUUAUGGCCAAGAUAUGGUUUUACAAAUUGUUUGAAAAUAUUAUUGCUAAAGAAGCAAAAAAUCCUAAAUAUGAUAUUAAAAAUUUAAUUUGUCAUACUGUAUUUCACGAGACUCUUUUUGCAUGCUGCUUAGAAAUGGUAAUAUUUGCCUGUAAUUCACAACGUGCAUUUCCAUGGGUUCUUAAUGCUCUUCAAAUUCAUCCUUACCAUUUCUAUAAAGUAAUUGAAGUAAUUGUUCGUGUUGAAGAUAAAUUACCUCGAGAUAUGAUCAAACAUUUGAAUAGAGUUGAAGAACAAGUUUUGGAUAGUUUAUCAUGGCAGUCUGAAAGUCCAUUGUGGGAUUUAAUUAAUAAAAACAAUAAGCUGAUUCCACAUUAUGAUGAUAUUGCUUUAGUUUCUGUAGCUGGUGGGGGGGCACAAGUGUCCAAUUUAAAUCACAAAAUUGAAAAUAAUCGUUUUGCACAUAAAGAUAGCCCAGUUUCUGAUAGAUUUAUUUCUCCGGCACCCGGUCAACAGCAUAUUAAAAUGGGCAAACAAAUUACUGUGAAUGAAAAUAGACAAUACUUUUCAGUUUCAUCAAGAAAUAAUGGUGUUUCAUUACCUACUGUAACUGGUCCAUUAAAAAAAAUUGGUACUUUAGGAUUAUUUUUCAGAAAGUUUUAUAAUUUGGCUUCAGUACGCAUGCAAGAUUUGUGUUAUCAAUUGAGUAUUAAUGAUGAAGAUUUAAUGCGAAAAAUUUGGACAUGUUUUGAACAUGUUAUUAUUGAGCAUACAGAUAUGAUGCGUGAUAGACACUUAGAUCAAAUAUUGAUGUGUACCAUUUAUAUUAUCUGUCGAGUGGUCAAUUUAAAUUUGUCUUUUCAAGCAAUUAUGAAAUGUUAUCGAACUCAACCUCAAUCUGCUUCACACAUAUACAGAAGUGUUUUAAUUACUCCACGAAAUCCUAGUCAAGAACACAUAGAAAAUAAUGGAGCACAGCGAGAUACUGAACAACGUAUCGAUCUUAUUAAAUUUUAUAACACUAUAUUUGUUCAAAUAGUUCGAGAUAAUGCUUUAAAAUAUUCUACUAACAGUAAUAAUGAUAAUCUUACACUAUCUCCUUUACCGGCUACUAAGACUCAAUUGCAAUCACCAACCACACGACGAGUCAAUGAUCGAUUACCAAUAUUUAUACGUAAGUUGGAAGCUCAGGCUAGUCCAAUUAAAUCACCAAUCAGGCCAUUGAGUUACUGUAUAAAUCAGAGUCCUAAAAAAGAUCUAGAAAAUAUAAAUAUGAUAACAAUGCGAGCAAUUACUAAGAAAAGAAAUAUAUCUGAUGGACACCAUGAUGGACCAAUUGUAAAACAAAAAACUCCUUCUCCUCCUGUUAUAACCAAACGAUUACAAGGUCUAUUAGAGGAAAGAAUGGAACAUAAUACUGAUAAGUAGUAUAUUUAAUAUAUUACGUACAUCUUCAAUUUUCUAUCAUGUGAAUUUUUUCUCUAGUGUUAAAUGAUAAAUUAAUUAAUUUAUAAUUAAAUAAAACUGUGAAUCAGUUAAAAAAAAAAAAUUCAACAUUUUAAUUUGUAAGUGUUUGUCCUAAAAUUUUUUUUUAGGUUUUGUAGUUUUAUACCGUUUCAUAAUAUAUAUAUAUAUAUUUUUUUAAACAUUUUUCCAUUUUAUUAAUUAACAAAAUGUUUGUGUUUGUUUCAACUUAAAUCUCACGUUUGGAUAAAUAUCCAAUUAAAAUUGAUUUUAAGUGUAGGUCACAACUUCAAUUUUAUGAUCAUUCAAUUUUUGACCAAGUAAUUACACAUUUAAAGUGUUAAUUAAAUAAUUUAUUUAAGAAUAAUAUUAAUUUAAUGCAAAAUUUUUAUUUUGAUAAUGUCAAUUUUUCAUUUAAAACAGGUUGAUACUCUGGAUCUCAUUCUCAUUUUAUAUUUCUUGUUAUUUUCAAUGUUUUUUUUUUAAAUCUUUAUUUUUCAUCUUUUACUACAUUUCUCUUGUAUUAGUUAAUUAAGAUAUGUAGAAUAUUAUUUUCCUAAAUCAUUUAUAUGAUGUUUUAUCCAAACUGUGUCUUAAUGCUUAGUGUGUUUAAUGCUUAUUUAUCACUUUAGAGAUGUAUUGUUUUAAUAUAAAUAAUACUUUUCUAGUAUUUUUAUAUAGGAUUUUAUCUAUUAACAUACACCUCUUUUAUUAAAUGUUAACCUUAAUAUUAAAAUUUAACUAUAGAAUUAUUUAGUAUGAUUAGAAUAUUAUUUUAUGAAUGAAUCUGAAUGUUUGUGUUGGGGGUGUGAUUAGAUUAAAUAAAAAAGUUAUAAUAAUUUUAAAUUGAAUAAAUUCAAUUAUGUUUCCAUCACUAAAAGCAUUUAUAUAAUAUGUAAUAAAAUAUAUAAUAGUAUAAUUUUUAGUUUUUAAUUGAAGUUUUGUAUGUUAGAGCAUUAAUACACUUAAGUAUUAAUAACUUAAGAUUAAAAAUAAUUUUAUAAGUAAUGAUAACACACAUUAAUAAGUGGUAUUUUAUUUUUAUUAUUGUGUGUAUAAUUCCUUUAAAAUAUUGGAGAAUAAUAUAAUUUUAUUGGUUUGAAAUAUAAUUUCUAAUAAAUAAAUAAAUUGUUGUUUUUAGUAAUUUUAAAAAUUAAAAAAUACUAUUAACUUUAAUUUAUAAACAACCAUUUGACUUGUAUCUGAAUUUAAAAAUUUGUAAUUAAGUAUAAUAUAAAUGUAUAACCUAUAUACUUUUUUAUCUUAUCAUUAUUUUAAAAACAAAAUUAACAUUUACUCAAAAUAUUUAUAUUUUUAUUAUGUAGUUCCAAGUUAUUAUUUUGUUUUUGAAAUAAUAACUUAUAAAUUAUUUACUAUAUAAAAAAUAUCAGGAUUAAAUAUUAAUUCUUUAUGAGUGUAUUUUAAAUUAAUCUAAAAUUUUUAUUUUAAUAUACGAUACAUUUAAUUUUUAAGAUAUUCUGAUUAUACUGUUUUAAUUGUUCCAAGUUAUUAAAUUUAAUAAUUUAUGUUCUAAUACUGAACCUUACAAAAAUUACAAUUGAGAGAAUGUAGUGAAUGCGUAUUUUAAUAUUAAUUUUCUAAAAUACAAAAUUUUUAAAUAUAUAUGACCUUACAAUAUGAGGUAUGUUUAUUCUUAAAAAAACUAACCUUCCAAUUUAUUAAUUUGAAAUUAAAAACAAAAAUUUUUAUUUGACCAAAAUAUAAAGUUUUUUUGUUUGAUUAUUUUUUUUAACCUUAUCUUUUCUAAUUUUUAGAAAAUAUUAAUAAAAAUGAAAAUGUACAUCAGAGUAUUGGUUUAACUUUAACAUUUGUCCCAUUUAUUUUCAUAAUAUUUAAAUUUUAUUGAUCAAUUUAAAAAUAAAUUAUAUGUCAACAAGAUUAGUAUCUAACUUGCAGAAUUAAAAUUUGAAAUUAUAUAGUCGAUUAAUAUAAAUAAUUUACAACUUAUAUAAAUGUUUGUGAUAUGAUUUUACUUGUUGGACUUAAGACUAUAAUAAUAUUUUAUAAUUACUUUUUUCGUCAAGUUACUCAUAAUAUACUAUUUAUUUAAAAAAUUUGUUUAAUGCAUUGUUUGUCUAUGUAUAUUGUAUAAUUUGUCUCAAUUUGUUCAAUUAUUAGUCUUAGUUUAUAAUUAUAUAGCUAUGAUAUGUUAUUCAACGUUGUCUCUCUUUUUAUUAAUUUAUUGAAAAUGCAAUAUAUCUAUAUAUUAUUUAAGUUAAGGUUGUUUUGACUUAAUAACUGUAACAAUUAAAUAAUGUUAAAUUAUAAUUAAUUGCACAGGUUACAUUUUUGUGUGUAUUGGACUUAGUUUUUGAUUGUGUGCUAAUAUAUUUUACAGACUUACUGUUAAAAACUGUUUUUUUUUUAUUUACAACUCUUUAGACAAUGAUUUUAGUAAAAUGGUAUAAUGUAUUUUUUGUAAGAUACAGAAGCCUUUGUAUACAGAGUGGAUACAGGUGGAUCAGGGUCAGAAUCCUGGAGGUUAGUGGUUUUUUAAAGAAAUUCCUGCAAGGACCCGAGUUACGAUUAAUCUAGAUACCUAUAUGAAAUUCAUUAUGUAUGUACAAUUUUAUUUAUUUAUGUGUGGUAUUUAGAUAUUCAUAAAGAUGUAAUACAGUUUCUCGUAGCCUA